GUGAGGAAGAGGCUGGUUGGAUGUGGGGCGGAGUUAGUGAGGAGAGAACAGAAAAAUCUCCUGCUGCUGCACACAGACAAAAGGAGGAGGAGGAGGAGAAGAAGGAGAGACAGAUAGAGAGACAGAUAAACAGAGAGACAGGCAGACAGACAGACGGACAGAUAGACAGAGGAUGGGUCGGCGGAGUGGCCGACGGUAGCGCUCUGUUUUCGGGCACGGAGCUCCAGGAUGAGCGUAGCGCUGCAGGACCUACGGAACACCAUGUCCAGCUAUAAGCGAGCCACGUUCGAGGAGGACGAAGCGUCGGACACUGCGGGGGAUUCAGCCUCGUCUCCUGACGCCGUGGAGGUGGGCUUCAGGAAGGGCGGUGUGGACCUGCUGGGCCGGAGGACCCAGCUGGAGGUUCUGCUGUCGGUUCUGCUGCUGGUUUCCCUGCUGGCUCUGCUGGCCUGCCUGCUGCUGCUGGGGCUGGGCUUCAGCUCAGACGGUGGGCGGGGCCUGUGCCUGACGGAGGCCUGCGUCUCCGUGGCGGCUCAGAUGGGCGAGGCCAUGGACCGCAGCGUGGACCCCUGCUCUGACUUCUACCAGUUCUCCUGUGGAGGCUGGGUGAAGAAGAACCCGCUGCCCGACGGGCGCUCCAGGUGGUCCACCUUCAACAGCAUCUGGGAGCAGAACCAGGCCCUGCUCAAACACCUGCUGGAGAACGGGACGUUUAACGGCAGCAGUGAAGCCGAGAGGAAGACCCAGUCCUACUACCUGUCCUGCCUCAACACGCAGAGGAUCGAGGAGCUGGGGGCCCAGCCGCUCGUAGACCUCAUCGCCAAGAUCGGGGGCUGGAACAUGACGGGCCCCUGGGAUAAAGACAACUUCAUGGAGGUCCUGAAGGUGGUUUCUGGCCCCUACAGAGCACAGCCUUUCUUCAGCGUCGGAGUCAGCGCAGACCCCAAACACUCCAACAGCAACGUCAUCCAGGUGGACCAAUCAGGGCUCUUCCUGCCGUCCAGAGAUUAUUACCUCAACAAGACUGCCAAUGAGAAGGUGCUGGUGGCGUACCUGGACUACAUGGUGGAGUUGGGCCUGUUGCUAGGCGGAGAAAAGAACUCCACCCUGAUCCAGAUGCAGCAGAUCCUGGAGUUUGAGACGGCGCUCGCCAACAUCACUGUCCCUCAGGACCAGCGGCGAGACGAGGAGAAGAUCUACCACAAGGUCACCAUCGCUGAACUGCAGCUGCUGGCCCCGGCUGUGGAGUGGCUGGACUUCCUGUCGGCCUCGCUCUCUCCUCUGGAUCUGAACGACACCGAGCACGUGGUUCUGUACGCGCGGGAGUACCUGCAGCAGGUGUCCGAGCUCAUCAACCGCACCGAGCACAGCCUGCUGAACAACUACAUGAUGUGGACGCUGGCUCAGAAGAGCGUCGCCAGCCUGGAUCAGCGCUUCGAGAACGCUCAGGACAAGCUGCUGGAGAGCCUGUACGGCACCAAGAAGUCGUGCACGCCCCGCUGGCAGACCUGCAUCGGGAACACUGACGACACGCUGGGCUUCGCUCUGGGAUCGCUGUUCGUGAAGGAGACCUUCGACAAACACAGCAAAGACAUUGCCGAGGAGAUGAUUAAUGAGAUCCGCUCGGCGUUUAAAGGCGCUCUGGACCGCCUGGGCUGGAUGGACCCACACACCAAACGGGCUGCCAAAGACAAGGCCGACGCCAUCUACGAUAUGAUCGGUUUCCCAGAAUUCAUCCUGGACCCCAAAGAGCUGGACGACGUGUACGACGGGUACGAGGUGUCGUACGACAGCUUCUUCAUGAACAUGCUCAACUUCUACAACUUCUCCUCCCGAGUGAUGGCCGACCAGCUGAGGAAGACCCCCAACAAAGACCAGUGGAGUAUGACCCCCCCCACAGUUAAUGCCUACUACAUGCCCACUAAGAAUGGCAUCGUCUUCCCCGCCGGGAUCCUGCAGGCUCCUUUCUACGCCCACGACCACCCCAAGGCGUUGAACUUCGGGGGGAUCGGGGUGGUGAUGGGUCACGAGCUCACGCACGCCUUCGAUGAUCAGGGUCGCGAGUACGAUAAAGAAGGGAACUUGCGGCCGUGGUGGCAGAACUCGUCGGUGGAGGCGUUUCGUGAGAGAACCGAGUGCAUGACGGAUCAGUACAGCCGCUACACCGUCAACGGAGAACACGUCAAUGGAAAACAGACGCUCGGAGAAAACAUCGCCGACAACGGAGGACUGAAGGCUGCGUACAACGCUUAUCGGUCGUGGGUGCAGAAGAACGGAGAGGAGAAGAGACUUCCUGCCGUUAACCUGACCAACGAUCAGCUUUUCUUUGUUGGUUUUGCUCAGGUGUGGUGUUCAGUGCGGACACCGGAGAGCGCUCACGAGGGUUUAGUGACCGACCCCCACAGCCCCCCCCGAUACCGGGUCAUCGGCACGCUCGCCAACUCUCCAGACUUCAGCCGCCAUUUCAACUGCCCCGUAGGGACGCCCAUGAACACCGGGGGGCGCUGUGAGGUCUGGUAGACGGAGCUAAGAGGGGUUGAUUAGUCUGGAAACGUACAAAUAUAUCCUCGUUAACAAAUGGCAGGAGUCUUAAUUAGAGGAAGUUAUCGCAGGGUUCUCUGGAGGUUAUCUGGAGGUUUUAAUUAGUCAGGAAACUUAAAAAUAUAUCCUUCGUUAACAAACGGCUUGUGUCUUAAUUAGAGGGGGUUAUCUUGAAGUUAUCUGGAGGUUAUCUGGAGGUUUUAAUUAGUCAGGAAACUUAAAAAUAUAUCCUUCGGUAACAAACGGCUAGUGUCUUAAUUAGUGGAGGUUAUCUGGAGGUUAUCUGGAGGUUAUCUGGAGGUUUUCAGGUGUGCGUUGGGGGUGUAACCUUCAGUUUCUCCUGUUAAUAUAAAUCUAUUAAUUAGAGACGGUCGGACUGACUUCCUGUCUGGAAAUGAAACAGACUUCACACGAAGGAUUGACGAUGAAGACGUUAGUGAUGAAGAGGAAGUCACAUGGGACGAUGUUGCUGAUUUCUGCUUUAUCACCGAUAUUAAUUAUUAUUGUUAUUAUUAUUAAUGGGCUUUGGUUCGUGUGUGUGUGUGUGUGUACUUGUGUAUUGUGAGAAAGCGCUCUCUCUGAUGACAUCACUGUGAUGACCUCAAACAAAUUUGAACUGUGACAUCACCAUCUGAUUAAUUAUUCAAUUAAGGGACUUUUAGGGCAAAGUUUUUGGGGGUUAAACAUUUAAAAGGUUGAUAAAUCAAAUCAUUAUACUGUGACAUAUUAUUAAAGAUUUAAGUGGA